AUUUAUAUAUAAAUACCAUUUUAAAUAACACUCAUUUUCAGCAGAGGUUUUUUGGUAUCUAUCUACAAUCAUUACAUAGUGAGUGUAAAAAAGAGCAUAAGAGAGUAAGAUGUAUUAAAUCUACGGUCAAACCGGUUGCCUAGCGACCAGCGGAAGUGUGUUGUCUGCUAGCAGCUAGCGAGGCGGUUUCUUAUGACCCGUAAAACAGCGUUUAAAUGCCGCUAAAAAGACGAGGACCGCUGCAGCUGGUCCAGAGAGAAGUGGACGAACUCAAGAAGCAGCUCGACAGUCUGCUGGAGGACGUGCGGCGUCGGGCCGGAACCACCGACCAGGCCUUUCAGAGAUGUCAAGAAGUGCAGCUGUCAGCAGAGAAGACACAAAGGACCCUGAUGAAGCUGACUAAGGCGGACGAGCCGGCUCCGGUGGGGAACUACGAGCAGAGGAAGCAGGCGGAGGAGACCCGGCUGGAGGACAUCCUGAAGCGCGUAAACGGCCUCUCUCUGGAGCUCUCACCACCGGGACCCAGCUCUGCUGCAGGCGAUGAAUCAAAGGAAGAUGACGAAGACGAGGACGAAGAUGAGGACGAGGUUGAGGACAAAGACAGUAGCGACGAUGAUGAUGAAGCUGCGAAGCCUCCCUCUCCUCCGGAGCUCCUCCUCUACACCGCCCUCAGCGACUUCACGGGAGAACAGGAAGGAGACCUGUCGGUUCAGAGAGGGGGGGUGCUGAGGAUCAUCACAAAGACAGCAGACGGGUGGUGGCUAGCUCAGGACGCUAACGGCAACAGAGGAGUCGUCCCCAAAACGUACCUGAAGAUCGGCUCCGGGGUCGAUGAUGAGGAGGAGGAGGAUGAGGAGGAGGAGGAUGAGGAGGAGGACAACGAUGACGACGAGGAAGAAGAAGAAGAAGAUCUGAGCGCUGAUGGGGAGGAACAGAGUUCUCCACAUUCCAACUGGAGCACCGUGAGAAGAGCUUUGACUGAGAUUGAUGCAACAGAUGUGCUCUCUGCCAUGGGGGCCAUACCCUCUGGAUUCAGACCGUCGUUUCUCACCAAGCUGCUAGUGGAGGAAGGUGUAACACACAGAGGGAGUCACUACGUUCAGCCCAAGCUCAGCCAAUCACAGCUCUCCUUUAGCGACCUCUUCCUGGAUCCGGACACCGGCAGGGUUCGAGCUCGGCAGGUGAGGACAUGUGUCUGUUUCAGUCUGGAGGGCUGCACCAGGAUUCCUUCUCCCGGGGUCGGAGUUCACGUCCUCAGCAGACACGUCCGCCUCUGCGCCUUCGACGGGUCUCAGGUGUUGAGUAACAUCCACACAGUGAGGGCGACCUACAACCCCAAGAACCCCAAGACCUGGAGCUUCUCUCCACGAACGACGGGCCUCCUGCCGGCUCUCCUGGACGGAGACUGUUUCCUGCGCUGCAACUCCCCGUCACCUGACCUCGGCCUCCUCUUUGAACUGGGAGUCACCUUCAUACGCAAUUCCACAGGAGAGAGAGGAGACCUGAGCUGUGGCUGGUCUUUCCUCAAGCUGAGCGACGACACUGGGAACCCUCUCCCCCACAGGACCUUUGAGCUGAUGGUGAAUGGAGGCACUCCCUUUGAGAAGGAUGUGAAGAUGGAGGCCUCGGCCCCCAGAGGACCUCCAGCCGGCGUCUUCCAGCAGAUCCUUCAGGCCCAUCGUCGGCCCAAACUGAUCCUAAAGUUGAAAUCGUGCGGCAGUGAGACCAGAACUCGUCUCAGUCUCCUUCCUGACGCUCUGCUGCACUGCCUGAGCUGCGUCCAGCUGCUGGUUCUCCACCGACAGCUGCAGGCCGACUCCCUGCUGCUGGACCGGCCCACCAUGCAGGACGCGGGUCUGAUCUCCAGUCCAGUUCUCUCUACCUUCCCCGAGCUGCUGGACCAGCCGGACCUGCUGGACGCCCUCAGGAGCGCCUGGCUGGACGCCGAGAGCAACAUGAGCAGAGCACAGAAGAGGGACUUGUCCUACGUGAAGCAGCGGUUCAUCGCUGUCUACAUGGCGUCGGCGUUCGCCCUGCUCCGCUCGGCCUCGCUGCCCCCCCCCCGCUGGGCCGACGCCCCCUCGGAGGAGCGGCGAGCGGGGGUCAUCUACGCCGCCCUGGACGCCCUCAUACAGGCUGGACGUCCUGCUGGCCCCGAGGUGCUGGCCUUUGAUGUGGAGGAGCUGACCUUUGACCUCCUCCUUGUGGCGCGGUAGGGGGGGGGGGCUGUGAGGGUAUUUCUGGCAUCAGUUUGGUGACGAACAGGAAGUGACCAUAAUAAGGAGGUAGAGACGUUUAGGCCUGUCAAUCAGCGUUAGGCCCCGCCCUAAAGCGCCCCCUGCUUCAUGGUCUGUUUGUCUCCACAUGGACCUUCAUUCAGUGAAUGAACAUCCCGGUGUUCACUUAAAGAAGCUUUGAACUCAAACUGUGUUCGUUCAUUUCUCAACAGCAGGAUGUUCAUUGGGGACUAUUUUGCGCUGUGGAUUAAUACUCAGGUUGUGCUCCGGUGGGAUGUUCACAUGUGGAGUAAAUGAGGAUCCUCGCUGCUUCUUAAUGAAACACUGAUUAAUCGACUCUCAACAGGUUUCAGUGAAACACCAGAGACGGAUUCAUGUAGCAAUAGAAAUAAAACUCAAUGAGUUGAUUAUGCAGCUGUUUAAUUUCCUAUUUUAUCAUUAAAUUCACUUUGUUGCAAACCUUG